UGCCGUGCUUGACGGGGUCCCGGCUCCCCUUGAGGAGUUGGCGCGCAGAAAGGCCAGCUGGCCGGCGCUGCACAGUCACACCCACACUCGCUGCAUCUCCGGUGACGAGCAGGUGAAUAGGACGCAGGAAGUUGUUCGUUGGCCUUUUAUACACACAGCUGGACGAGGUGUCCCUGACUCUUGUGAAAUGGGGAGAUGAGCUGGGUCGCCUCCCCAGGCCGCCCGCCGCUCGCAGGCUGUGACGGGACACUCACAUGCGUUCUCACAUCCCUCUUCUCCCCACAGUACGUCGGGAGCCUGGACGUGCCGCGGCCCAACAGCAGAGUGGAGAUCGUGGCUGCCAUGCGCCGGAUCCGGUACGAGUUCAAAGCCAAGAACAUUAAGAAGAAGAAAGUGAGCAUUAUGGUUUCAGUGGCCGGAGUGAAAGUGAUUCUGAAGAAGAAAAGGUUUCUCUUGUUGCAGAAGAAGGAGUGGACGUGGGACGAGACCAAGAUGCUGGUGAUGCAGGACCCCAUCUACAGGAUCUUCUACGUCUCUCACGACUCCCAGGACUUGAAGAUCUUCAGCUACAUCGCCCGAGACGGUGCCAGCAACGUGUUCAGGUGCAACGUGUUUAAGUCCAAGAAGAAGAGCCAAGCCAUGCGGAUCGUCCGGACCGUGGGGCAGGCCUUCGAGGUGUGCCACAAGCUGAGCCUGCAGCACACGCAGCAGAGCGCGGACGGCCAGGAGGACGGGGACAGCGAGUGGCACAGCCACAGCUCCGGGGACCCAGGCCGCCAGCUCCCUGGAGCCGAGAGGGCCUCGCCAGCUACUGCGGAGGAGACGGACAUCGACGCCGUGGAGGUCCCCCUCCCGGGCAGCGACGGCCUUGACUUCAGCCGCGGGGUGACCGACCUGGAUGCCGUGAGGAAGGAUGGCGCCUCCCACACAGACUCCAAGGUGCCGCCGCAGGAACCCGUGCCCACAGCCUCGCCCCAGAUGCCGCUGCCCCCGCCCUGUGCACAGGCCCCGGGCGUGGGCACGCCGCUGUCCUCGCAGCACCAGCUGCAGCUCCUGCACCAGCUCCUCCAGCAGCAGCAGCAGCAGACGCAAGUGGCCGUGGCCCAGGUUCACUUGCUGAAGGACCAGCUGGCUGCGGAGGCGGCGGCGAGGCUGGAGGCGCAGGCCCGCGUGCACCAGCUCCUGCUGCAGAACAGGGACGCCCUGCAGCACGUGUCCCUGCUGGUCAGGCAGGUGCAGGAGCUGGAGCUGAAGCUGUCGGGACGGAGCACCAUGGGGUCCCAGGACAGCCUGCUGGAGAUCACCUUCCGCCCCGGAGCCCUGCCCGUGCUCUGCGACCCCACAACCCCCACUCCGGAGGACCUGCCUUCGCCACCCCUAGGCGCCGGCCCGGCCCUGCCUGCAGGCAGCCCCUUAGGUAGGCGUGACUGCUUGGUGAAGCUGGAGUGCUUCCGGCUCCCCGGGGCGCGGGGCCCUCCGCUGGGCGGCCUGGAGCUGCUCCGCUUCCGGGAGUCGGGCAUCGCCUCUGAGUACGAGUCCACCACGGACGAGAGCGAGGAGGAGCCACCGCGCCUGCUGCACGUGCGGCAGCGCCGGGAGCCGGGCGACAGCCUGGAGGACACGGUCGCUGUGUAGAGAGGCGGUGGGCCCGGGGCCAUAGCCGGGUGUGUUCUGUUUCGGAGCAUUGGGCUUUGCUCCAGAGGGUGAAGUGGAAGCCAUCGGAGUCCCCGAGGGGAUCGGCUACUCUCCCAGGUGGCCUUGCAGAGUCGUGGCUUUGGGACGGUCCCCGAGGGCCC